AUGUUGCCAGGAACGCUGCCAGAAGAACCAGAAUUGAUCGGCCAAGGCAGCUACGGGGAUACAUUUUUAAUCAAAGACCCUGAACGACCGGCUGCUUUCAAAGUCUACCAUACAGAGAAGAAUGAGAAAGUGCAUCACGAUGUGAAAAGUGAUAACCUCUUCCUCACAAGAGAUUUUGUGCUAAAAUUGGGAGAUUUUGGGACGAUGAGAGAGAUGUCAACAUCCUCUCAAAAUAUGGCGGCCAUGGGCACGUGGCGCUAUUUGAGCCCUGAAUAUAGGACAAAAAAAAUCAUUUCUUGCAAAAGCGAUUGCUAUGCUGGCGGGCUGGUUUGCUGGGAAAUGAUCGAAAGGAGGCGAGUCUUUUCGGAACUGUUUGAAAAUCACCUUGGAUCCAUUGCCGAAGAAGCUUUUCAGAGAAAUCUAGAGGACACCAAUCCCUUGGAAUGCCUUGAAGACUUUCAGCAAAUUGUUUAUGGUUGCACCCGAGCUGAUCCAUCUCAACGGCUCGAUGCAACAACAGCUUUAAGCUCUUGCAACAAGUUAUUACUCACCGUACCAGUUAACUACUAUUCAAGACCGGUCAUCAGUCACGACCAAAAAGAGCUUCUUAAACCGAUCGGUUUUGACGGAAGUGCACAGAAAAUACCAAUCAACUUGACUCAAGCAGACUUGUGCGGACUUUCAUCAACUCUUGUGCCUGACAUUACAUUUCCGGUGGGAGUCGAAGGGUUUGAAAGUGCUGUAGCCAAUGAUUCGUCUGAGAACGACAACGAAGAUGAUCUAGCGGAAGAAAUUUUGUGUGAAGAGUUGAUGAAAAAAUUUGGUUCUUCUGGCCAUGAUGACACUGAAAUCAACAAUAUAUUAGACAAAAUAACCAAGGAAUGUGUGGAAAAUUGCGAAAAAUCUAUCAGUGAAUUUUUUCUGAGCCAUGAAAGAGACGACGAGUAUCCACCGGGUUUCAACAAAACCAUCGACGAAUUCCCGUUUUUGAGGCGAUUUCUGGAGGAGAACGAUCAACUGGCUGGCGCUUUAACGGUUUUUUUGCGACUCAAGCCCAUGAAAGAGAUGAAAGCAAAUAUGAGGAUCAUAUCGGAAACAAUCAAAACGAAAGCCGAUGAGAUAUUGAUUUUCGAGAUUCAUCACUCCUCGAUGUACCAGAGAAAAGAAUCUCAUUUCGGUUCGAUCAUUUCCAAAUGGGAGUCUCCAGGAGAUUUGCCGGAAAAUUGGCUGCACGAAUAUGUAAUCGAACAACUGAAACUUCAGCAGGCCAACCUAUUAUAUUUUUGCUUCAAAGCAUUUGAGGCCUUGGAGGUAAUGAAAAAUUCUCAUCCAUGCUGCUGGUCGUUGCUUUUUAAAGUUGAGAUUUGGAUUCAAAUAUUGAAAACUGUGAUAAACUAUCCAAAUCCCAGAUUUUAUUUUAAACGUUUUUUGGAGGCUUCCACAAACGAUGAAUGGUUUUAUUUGGGCGAACAAAUCGGAAAUCACUUCUUUAUUCGUCGCGAUUUAUCAGGUUUCCGCAGUUGGCAAGGCUACUGGCCAGGCUCUGAUAAAGAUACAUUUGUGAUCUACGAUAAAGGUAGAGCUAUAAGAUAUGCACCCGCUGAGAAGUUGUUUUACUUGUGCUUGGAGCCCAUCGAGAUGGACAUGAUCAUUGCAUUUGCUCAUCGACUAAAAGCCAAAUUGGAGACGUCUUUGCAAAUGCAAUGCAGAGGACUUAACCCACAGAAUCUGAUGUUCAAGCGGUAUUCUUCCUGGACUCGUGGUCAAGAUUUACCCUUUCCCGGUUACAUCUUCUCGCUUAACGAUCCGCCUAGGCAUGAAUGCCAAUGUCUACCAAAAUGUCCACGAAAGGGUGGAUAUCCGUUAGAAGUGUCGGAGAGUAUCCAGCUUCCCAUAUAUGAAUGCACAACAAAGCCAAUGCUUGAUUAUAUGCAAAUAUAUGUGACUUUUUACGAUAUUCUUUCUUCUUUGAUCAGCAAACGUUUACAAAAAACUAAUAUCAAUCUCCAAGUAAAACCUUUGCCUGAGCCACCUUCUUGCCCGAGAUACCUUUUGGUUUAUAAAAUCCCCACGAAACAUCAUGGCGAAUUUAUCGUACUUGAAAUGCCGAAAAAUAUCGAAAAAUCGACACCCGAUGGUGAAAGUGGGCUAAUCGCUGAAAGAGUGCUUUGUAUGGGUCUCGACUACAGUCUGUUUGAGUUUCAGAUCCCGCCCGAACGGUUUAUUGAUGAAAAUCUCUACGCAAUAGACUUGGAAAGAGUCAUUCAAAAAUUUAAUAACUCGUUGACGGUAAAACGUCAAAAUUCUGACAAUAAGGGUGUAGAUGAUCCAGAUUAUCAGGCUCAUCUUGACAAAUUCUCCGCUAUCACCAGGCUCGCUUUCGCAGAUCAGGGAGACUCGAAACAUGUUGAGCUUACGGCUGAUAUGACGGAAUGCGCCAAGGAAAUGCAAGAACAUUUAGAUCAAGAGAGCCUUCAACAGAGAAAAAGACUGAACUCAUUUUCAGAUAUUGGAAGUACCGUCGCUCGAGAAGCCAAUAAGUUGGACUUCCUUCUUGAAAACUACCCCGACACUCCAGAAAAGGCAGAGACCCUCGUGGCAAGCGCCAGAUCGUUUCAAGAAAUGCUAAUAUAUAGUGAACUACGAAAUCGGGUAACGGGAAAGAGUUCGAAUCCUACUGAU